CUACCUUUUGGAAUAUUAUAGUUUAUAAAUCAAAAUUCGGGGAAGAAAAAGUUUUGGACUGUGCCUGUUAGUCCUUCCCCAAUCAUUUAAAAGAAUUAAGUUCUGUUUAUCAAUAAAUAAAUAACGAGCGAAGCUCGGUGCCCUGAUAUUUAUGUAUAAACAGACGAUAUAUUCAAUAUCCUGCUGAUAAAUUGCUGUAAUUCAGUUUUUCCUGCUUCUAGGUGAGUGAAAAAACUAAACUAUUAUUUAUUUCUAUUGAAUGUUCGUACCCUACAUUCGACGAUUAUAGAAUAAAUAGGAUGAAUACCGAAGGGAACUAAUACAUAUCAGGAAAAAAUAAAAGCUCUAUGGAGGAAAACAUGAAAAUGAGUAAAUCAAUUCCCGACUGGGUGUUCAAACUGAAGGAUAAGGCCAAAGAAAAACGAAAAGUGAAUCUUGUUGAAUCCUACCUGGAAAAUAGUACACUUCAUGGCGUCAAAUACAUUGUAUUGCGUCAGGCAAAAUGGUAUCAAAAGACUUUCUGGAUAGUGAUGCUUUGCCUGAGCACGGCCGCAUGUAGUCAACAAAUGUACAGAAUAUGGAAAAAAUGGGAAGAAUCUCCAAUUAUUUUAUCUUUUGGCAAUAACAUGAAAUCUUUGUCUGAGAUACCAUUCCCAGCUGUCACUAUUUGCAUCGAUAGCGGACUCAACAAAGCAAUCGUUGAUGUUUCCAAGAAUAUGACCUCUUUGGAAAGGGUGAAACUGCAGCAUCUAGCUCAGCUAACAUGCGGAACUUCUGAUAAAAAAAGUAAUAGUCCAGAUACAUUCAACGUCAGUCAAGUUGUCGAUUUUCUUAAACUGGUGAGUGCACCACUGGAUAUGUCAGUGUCAGACUGUAAGUACCGAACGGUGAGUGAAAACUGCAGAAAGCUAUUCAGUCCUGUCCUCAUCGACAGGGGAUUGUGCUACACGUUCAACGGCCUGGCUAAUGAUGAGAUUUUUCGAGAAGGAGUUCGGACUAUCAAAUGGUGGGAAGACAAAAAUGAGACAUUUUUGAAUAAGUGGAGCCUGGAGAAUGGAUACGAGUUGCCGGAAGAUGACAUCCAUGUGUUGGAGAGUCUCUACCCUUUUGUCGCAUUGGACGUGGGAGCCGACUUCGGUCUCAACAUAAAGACUACAUCAACUCUGCUCCACAUUGUCAAUAACUGUCCAAAAGUCGCUAAUGGAUUCAAGAUAAUCCUGCACAACCCAGUGGAGUUUCCGCAUGCAAGACGCAUAUCGUACCGGUCGAACGUGAACGCGGAUGUGUCGAUAUUCGUGCGACCCGAGUACAUCACGACGCCCGAUGAGCCGGUGCUCUACAUUGAGCCGACCCGACGCAAGUGCUACUUCUCUGACGAACGCCAACUCAAGUAUUUCCGCUACUACACGCAGGACAACUGCGCCGUUGAGUGUCUCACCAAUGUCACACUCCAACAGUGCCAGUGUGUUGCCUUCUAUAUGCCAACAACAACUCCAGUUCCGAUAUGCAGUGCCACUAAUCAAUGUUUCCGGAACGUAACAAAAUUGAUGGUGAAAAACCAGAUUGAAAAGACAGUUUGCAGUUGCUUGCCAGCUUGCACCGAAUUGAGUUACACCGUCGAGAAUUCUCACACCUAUUCCUCAGAGACUACGGCCAAGAGCUCAAUAAGCAACAACACAGGUUCUGUGAAUGUUGUAUUCACGGAGGCUUACUUCAUAACAAAAGAGAGGAAAGAGCUGUAUGGAAAAACUGAAUUCCUCUCUAACUGUGGAGGAACCCUUGGUCUGUUUCUGGGGUUCAGCGUUCUCAGCCUAGUGGAAGUCAUUUACUACAUUUCGUUGUAUUUUUCCAACAAACGACGUAUUCUACUAUCACAGGCACCAUCAAUGGCUUCACUAGACAUCACUCAAAUUAAGAGGAGGCAGACAUUGUGAUUCUGAAUUGUUUAGUUCAACAUCUUGUGAUUGAAUAAUGUAUGUUAAAUCACUUAUAAAAAAUAUAAAUGGGUUUGAAUAUGUA